UAUUCACCAAAUCACCAUUUUUAUCCCCAAGUGUCUGCGCCAGUUUAUUGAAGCAUGAUACAGGGUUCAAACUUUACCAUCGAUGUAUUCGUGAUAAUACCACUGAUCGUCCUUUUACGUUCGGCGCUUUAGUGACGUCUGUCAGGAUGUUGAUGCCCAAGAAAAAUCGUGUGCAAAUCUUUGAAUACCUUUUCAAAGAAGGUGUUCUGGUUGUCAAAAAGGAUCCUUAUUUGCCUCAACAUGCAGAGAUUGCCGUUCCAAAUCUUCAUGUCAUGAAAGCAUGUCAGUCACUGAAAUCAUGCGGGCAUGUUCGUGAAAACUACACUUGGCAACAUUAUUAUUAUAUUCUCACCAAUGAGGGAAUACAAUAUUUGAGGGAUUAUCUUCAUCUUCCUCCUGAGAUUGUCCCAGCAACAUUAAAAAGACAAACAAGACCUGUGGAUGUCCGAGCCAGGCCUAAAGUUGAUGAACCUCGAAGAGCAUACAGUGGGGCUGGUGACAGAGAGGCAUAUAGGAGAGGUGGACAAGGGGAUAGAGCACCAGACAAAAAGGCUGAUGCUGGUGCCGGAACUGCUACAUUUGAAUUUAGAGGAGGCUAUGGCAGAGGUCGGGGAGCUCCAUGAUUAUUUAUAUACAAUUGUGCUUCUUCGAGUCGCCAUUAAUAAGAUCAUCUAAACAUGU